ACGAGAUAACAUUAUUGAUCUGGACGUCCGUAUACAUACAUACAUAUGCUCUAUUGAGCUGUAAAUUGGUGAAGGUAUUUCCACUGGGCUCAAAAUAGAAACCUUUGCGCGGCCAAAUCGAUGUGGAUGGUGGAAGCGUCAGAAAAAGUGAGCUGAUUUUACACCAUUUAACCACCGGAAAUGUUUUGGUCCUAUCUUUAAUAUGGAUGUAUUGUGGCCUACAGCACAACAACAGCGAAGUGGGCCUCGCAUACAAUGACAAUAGUUUUCCUGCUGUGCGGCAAUAACUGGGUCAAGAUAAGCCGCCCUAUAAAUAUACACUACGUGUGGCACAACAGAGCGUGGCCUACUUUUGUUCAGUGUUUUCUGAAUUUAUUGAUGGUGUUGACUCACACAAAUUGUGCGUGUGUGUUUGCUGAAAUUUAAGUAACAUGGAAAUAACCGACAUGUCGUAGUGCAUGACGUUAAUGCUAGGGAAGGGUGAACAAGGAUGUAAGCUGUCGGACAGCAGUUAACUACUAGUGUGAAGCGGUGGGACCUACACUGCUGUACUCAGUGUCUCCGAGUCAUGACCUGUUGACUUUUUUCUCAAAUAUUCAGACAACGGCGUCAUCUGAGAAGAUACGUUGGCCUACUGGCGUCUUUGUGAUAUAUAACUGAGUCAAGAUGGAGAGGAAGGGGUACCAGCCUGUUGAGAGAUUAGGUGGAGGAGAGUUUGGAGACGUUUAUCUGGCUAAAAAGGGAGACAAAGACUAUGCAGUCAAGGUAAUUAAGUGCACGGAUGUCAAUCGCUCCGCCAUGCUGAGAGAAUUAGGGAUAAUAAAUAACGUCCCCAAACACGACAAUAUUCUAAGAUUUGACUGGUUUCCUUCUGGAGAGAAUGAGGCGUGUGUUGUAAUGGAGUAUUGUACAGCAGGAGAUCUAAAUCAAUACCUGCUGAACUUCGCAGAUGAUAAUCACCGCACGGUUUACGGUUUUAUGCACCAAUUAGCUGUAGGACUGGCCUAUCUACACUCUAAGGGCCUUAUUCAUAGAGAUCUCAAGCCCGAGCACGUCCUCAUUGACUGCGUCAGCGGACAAUAUGUAGUAAAACUGUCUGAUUUCGGACUGUCGAAGUUCAUUGGUAAAAGUGAGGAUGUGUCCUUGAAAGACUUCUCAGCUGGGUAUGCUAAAACAAACUGGGGAACUAAUUAUUUCAUGGCACCCGAGGUUAAUGAGGGUCAGUACGAUGCGAAAGGGGACGUGUUUUCUUUAGGCCUCAUUUACGUUGCCAUCCUCUGUCACACUAUUCACACACUGCCAGAUGGCCGUGAACUGAUAGCUCCUUUGGUUGACGCUGGGGGUUCAAAACAACCAGUCUGGCAAUUCCUGACCAACAAUCCAAACACAUUUUUACCACAGGUAGAUCAACUAUCGCACUCUGAGCGUUUUGUCAAAUACGAGAUGGCCUCCUUAAUCCAUUACAUGCUCCAAAAAGACCCCGAGAAUCGACCCCCGGUCGUUCAAGUCCGCGGGGAAGUGAAUAGAAUUCUAUACUGGGAUGACGUGGAAGAUUCUAGCUCGGAAAGACUGGACGAAACCCGUAGCUCUGACGGGGAUCAACUUGAUGAUAGCUUCGAGGAUCAUACCCUAAAAGGCGGGGAGUACGAAUGUGCGUCUACCCUGCCCAUCCGGGGCGACAGCCAAGAACGUGAUGACCCCGAUGAUUAUGAGGACUCUACUUUAAAGCGUAGAAGUAGCACAGGGGACGAGGCAAUGUCUCCGCAACAGAGGAAGAAACAUAUUGACGAUUCAACAGUGCGGAGAGCUCGCUCGGCAGAGACAGUGCAGGACAAAUCGCUAAAUGUGCACCUGGUGGAAUUUCCGGACUCUUGCUUGCUGAGGUCAAACUCCGAGUUCCAGUACGCCACUCUUCCUGAUGAACACGAGUACGUGGCCCAAGGCGGGCAGUCUUCCUCGACCAGCAGUCGCAGUCCUACCAGUACGACAGACACAAAUGACACGUCCAGCCGAACCCCGCCUGAAGAUAGCUUCAUUCAGAUUUGCGACAACGGCGGAGAGCACUUGGCACAGGAUGUUCACGACCGUUUGUUAGAAAACGCCGAGCAUGGCGAACCCCUUGCAAGUUUGACCCCAGAUGAAGACGAUGGCGACGAGGUGUUUCGCUCCAUGAAUACUAGUUCAGUGGGAUCAGAAUCCGUGGAAUCCAUUCCAAUAUAUUAUCCACCAGCGGACGGAGCCGCACCUACGCUAGAGGAUGAAUUUGAUUUAGAAAACAUUCCGAUCGGUGAAAAUGCAGGGCUUGCGACUUUAGUGAGACAUUUUAGCGAGGCAUCAGCGAGCAGCCCUCGUCGUAAGGAACCGGGCGCUCCAGGCUGGAGUCUGAUAGACGAUGACAAUGAAGACCAACCGAUAGACGUUACGGAUAAUAUAGGACUUACCACUUUAGUUGCUAACUAUUCCAAACGCGAUGAAUUAGUGGCUGAGACAACAGACCCAAAUGCCCCCUUCCAGUCAUCCGAUUUUCAACCAGAGGAAAGUCCAACUGAAAACGACAAAAUACACGAAUACCCAGAAACAGCGGUGGAGACCCAGCCACUGUUGAUCGAUUAUGAAACAGAAAACGCCCUUAGUCUUACCACAGUGGUGAAAAACCUACAGAAGGACCCAAAUGCAGAACCCACUACACCUACAAACGAGCCCAAUGCGCCUUUUUCCAGCCUUCCUUUGUCAGACCAGGGCUCCUCUGACGCAAUCGGCACUACAACUAACGAUCUGGGAUCAACGACAUCGUUAACGAGUAAAAUAUCCCAACCUGAAACGCUGAACAUCGUGGACAGAACACCAACACCGGACCCUCAGUCCGUUCUUGUGACUGAUGCAGAGAUGAAUUUCUGUCAACCGGAGGACCCCGAACAAGCAAGCACUAUAAAACGAGUGCUUAUGGAACGGGAGCAACAACGGCGAUUGGAACUCGACAGGCAAAUCCAGAUAAAGGAAGACGCGAAACUAGCGCAGAAACUUUUUGAAACUUUUGAAUUAGAAAAAGAGGAUGAGCGGCUCGCCCAGAAGAUAGCUGCGGAGGAGAGACGCCCCAGUCCCUCUCAAUAUAAACCCAGGCCUGUCUCUCAAACAUCAUCUAUUUUUAACCCACAACUAGAUGACGACACUCAGUCACUUGUCUCAUACGGGUCUCCAGCCCCAAAACGUCACAGAUCAAGAAAAGACUCCGAGAGUUUGAUCGCUGUGGUGAGCGAGCUCUCUGAUACUGAGUCUCUGUCGGGGGUUUCAAACCUUAAACGCACUGCGGCGAAUGCCCCACCCCUCAGUGACAUUAGCACGGGAAGCGAUGACGUCGAGCCCGUGCCGUCCUAUAUGGAUGAUAACACGCCGUGGAGUAGGGCCCAACCGGAGAACAGUCUGCUGGCGGACCCCCCAUAUGAUGAUGAGGAGGAGUAUGACUGUAUAGAUCCAGAUCAUAAGGGAUACUGCUGGUGGUGCACCUGUUGUCUCUUUCUCCCGCUCACGCUGCCGUCUUUUUUCUUUUAUAAAAUUGUCAAAUGUAUCCGCAAAAGGAAACAAAAACAUCAAAUGAAAAAGCAGGCCAAGGCGAGCGCUGCGUGAUGGGGAGCAUUCUUGUUUUGACAAGAGUUAAAUGUAGCAUGAGAAGUAGAACGUUUGGAAAUAUUUUCAAAAUGGUUGUGCAAGCAUUUUAUGUGAUGUACCUGUAUUGCAAACGACGUACAUUGGACGUUGAAACAAUGUGCGCUAAAAGUUACUUUAUGCAAGAUCACAACGAACGCGAUUUGAGGCUUCCUUGCUGAAAAACUAGGUUAUUUACAUUUUAUAUACACGAAGCCUAGUCUUAUAAUUAUUAUUAUUAUUAUACAGAAGACACUGUGUAUCAAAACAAAAUCCCAUUCCAUUUCUAUUAGCAAUCGCACCGAGAUCUCCAGAGGUAUAUAAAUGUUAUUAGUGCGUAUACUUAUAUUAUCCACACAAAUACUCGAAUAAUUUUAGCACGUAAAAGUGGUUAAACUUAAUGGACGGGUGCUAUGGCUUGGAAGUUGACGUAAGAAUGAGCACUUGAUAAUUUUACAAAUGACCGUAUUCGGAUUGACGUUGACUUUUGUUAAGAGAUGGACUAAGGUUUCUGUUCCUAUGGUCGAGUUUAUCUGUGAGUAAUGUGAUUUUUGAUUAGAUGGGGAUUUUCCUAACUUUAGUUAUGUAUUAACACAAUCUGUGAUUUGCUAGUUGACAGACAUUGAUUUGACUGUUUUAGUAUCCUGAUUUAUAACCGCACAUUAUCUUUUGGCAACGUAUUCAUGUCAUACUUUUAUCGAUGCUUCAGAAAAGAAAAAAAUAUUAGGUCUCUGAUAAGAUAUUUUAUUAUAUGACCACUUGAAAGUAUUCAUUUUAGCAAGGUAUUCGUAUUAUAAUUUUACUAUGGCGUUACGAGUUUCAGUUAUUGAUCCUCAGAUUAGACUCUUGUUUGUUAUUUAACGCCCUAUUGUCGGAAUUUUUUAAAAUUCCAGCUGCACUAUGGUAUUGUUUAAUGUAUGUCUAAGUGUCACGGAGUAGUGUCUGUGUUUGACUAGAUGCCGAGUGGUGACCUAGUGCAAUAUGGGACAACCCACUUGUUGUCACCCAGUAUGGUUGUAAUGUUACCUUAUAAUAACAUUAUUAUUAUUACUAGUUUUAUUGCAUUUUCUCUGAUUCUACGGCAUAAGUAAUUUCAAAGACUUGUAGAUUUGUUUGUGAUUCGAUCAUUUUUCCAAGCAAGCUUUCUUAAUGCUGUCUGGGGAGUAACUUUAGGACAGAUUGCCAAAGUGUGUGCGUAAUAAUAUGAAAAUCAUUCCGCUUGUCAUUCCAUUUUAUGUCAUGUUUUCGUUUAUUACAUGGGCCCCAGGACUCUUAUGUAUCAUAACAAGUUGUCUUUUUACAGUUUAAGACGCAUCAAAAUGCUUAAUAAAUUAUCCCACCGAUUUUUUUCCCG